CGAGGGAACCCCUCCCAUGCUUGACAACGUCUGCUUGUCAAGUGCACCACAGGCAUGUUGCUUACAGGCCUGAUUUACAGCGCUUCUCAAACUUCAUUCCGUACCUGAUUUCAUUGUAUCCGGCAGUUCCGCAGCCAACAUGCCAUGUCCUAUAUCACCAACAGCGAGGGAACGCGAGGUUUACCGAUAUUAUCAGCCCUCAGAUAGUCCUGCUCCAACCGCGAAAUCCUACCCAAGAACAGAUGCCCCGCGAUCAUCAAACGAUCCCGUCUUAACGGCGUUCGCUCAGCUGGGCGCUCACAGACUGAAAGCCAAGCGUGGGCUUAUUACUCUUUCUACGCGAGAGACCGAAUACAUUCUCGCGGAAUCGGGAGUAGGGCUCGGGUUGCAGCAAGAUGAUGAUAAAAAUGAUCCCCUAUGGCACGGAGCCGUUGCGCUCCAGAAUACUACCGGCCUCGGAUUGAAACUUUGCCAGCAUUUCUGUAGUUCCAAAGAAGACCUCCCUUACGCAGCUUUCGAUGAUCUAAGGAAGUAUGACGAGUUCAAAAACCAAUACGUAGUGACCCACGCUCCACACAUCAGAUUUCUUACUUGCGUACCCCUUCGAUCCUCAUUAUACAAUGCGAUCAUUGGAACUUACAUCGUAGUGGACAACAAACCGCGCGAUGGAUUGACCGCGCAGGAGGUUGAGUUCAUGGUUGACAUGGGCGUGACGGUGAUGGACUAUCUCGAGGCUCAGCGCAACAAUCGGAAACAGCACCGGGCGGAAAGAAUGGUAAAGGCAAUUGGUCUUUUCAUUGAAGGAAAGUCAACUCUCAGGGAGUGGUGGUUGCAAGGCGGGCAUAAGCGGGAGCAAACGAAGGUCACCAAGCGAGCACGGACUGGUUUAACUACGCUGGACGUGCAAGCAGACAUUGAAUUUGGUGUUCAAGACCCGGUAGAACAACCUGUUACCAGGGGGAUGGAGAGCCUUUCAGUGCAUGACGGGAAACCACCUCUCUCACGAUCGCCCUCCUCAUCUACGCUUUCGCACGUCGAACGCAAAGGCGACGGACGACCCAAAAUCCCCAACAGAGACAGCACGUUCUCUUUAUCAGACACUACGAAUCCCUCCGUAUUCUCCCAAGCACCCCGUGCAGCCUCCGUAACUACAGCCGACACGACUGAAAGCUCUAUCCCCGGCCACGUUAGGCACACCUCAGUUGCUUUUGACAUGCCCCAGGAAACAGCCGACGUGUCGAAGGAGCUUCAAGAAGCACUCCUGACGAAGGACCUGAGAGCAGUUUUCGCUCGUGCGAGUAAUCUUAUUCGGGAAGCUGGCGGCGUUGAUGGCUCUAUUUUCUUUGAUGCUAGUGUGGGAUCUUUUGGCGCAGCUUCGGAAAAAGAUAUCAUGGGCCAGAAAGCUCCAGGGACCUUUCACGUUGAUGAGACAAUGACAACUAGUGAGGACGAUUUUGCUCGCAAAUCCUCGGACCCGGAUACUCCCGCCAAAUAUGCAAAUGAUGCUAGUCAGUCGGAGCAGUGCUGUAAUAUCCUCGGUUUCAGCACCCGGAAACGAUCCAGUCUCAAGGGUCACUCGCCCCCUCCCGAGCAUCAUACCUUCCCGGAAAAAGUGCUGAGGACACUGCUCAAACGAUAUCCGCAUGGGAAAGUGUUCAACUUUGAGGAAGAUGGCUCGUUUUCAUCUAGCGACACAGAUAAUGCGUAUCUCGGAGGCGAGAAUGAAGAUGGACCUCGCAGACAUACAAAAUCUGAGGCAACGAUUCGGCGGAGAAAAGUAUCUCGAGAAGCAGAAGCGGCCGCGCUUUUGAAAGCACUCCCCGGAGCUCGCAGCAUCUUCUGGUUCCCUCUCUGGGAUCCGACCAGAGAGCGCUGGUAUGCAGGGUCACUCGUGUGGUCAACUGGCACACGAACUCUCUGUCCAAUUGAAGAUCUUGCGUACCUAGCUGCAUUUGGCAAUAGCAUAAUGGCCGAGGUAGCCCGACUCGCCGCCUUGGUUCUUACUCAAAUGAAGACGGAUUUCAUCUCGAGUAUUUCUCACGAACUACGCUCGCCGCUCCAUGGUGUUUUGGCCAGCGUUGAAUUUCUACAAGAGACUCCCCUGACUGAGGUACAAGCAGACAUGGUCAGCAAUAUCAAUGCAUCAGGGAGGGUUCUUUUGGAUACGAUAAACCACGUUCUCGAUUUCUCGAAAGUCAAUAAGAAAGUGAAAGGCAGGGGGAGGGUUUCAAAGAGAAGGAAUGGAAAGAAGCAAAGACUUUCGUUUCAAGAUCACGAGAGCUUAGACAAUACGCCUGAUGAAACUGCGGAUAUGUGCAUUCUAUCUGAAGAGGUGGUUGAGAGUGUAUGGGCUGGUCGAAAUAUGAGCAAAGUUCUUUACCCUACGCCUGGUAGUCAUCAAACGUCAAGACCGCAAUCGAUGAUCGCCGCCCUCGAGUCCCCGGUCAUCGUCAUCAUAGAUAUCAGAUGGCAGCCCAGCUGGACGUUUGAAAUGGAUGCUGGCGCCUGGAGAAGAAUUCUCAUGAAUCUUUUCGGAAACUCGAUGAAAUAUACCAAGUCUGGCUUCAUCAAGGUAUCAAUGACCGUUGAAGAGCAUUCGACCCUUAGAGGAGAGAAAGCACAGUCCGUACUUGUGCUUAAAGUCAUAGACUCUGGCAAAGGAAUGUCCAAGGAGUAUAUGAAGCACCAUCUCUAUAAACCAUUCACUCAGGAGGAUUCGUUGGCAGUGGGAGCUGGACUAGGUCUGAGUAUAGUCCGGCAUAUCAUCCAGGACCUCGGCGGAGAGAUCAACUUUGUUAGCGAACAGGGAGUAGGAACAGAAGCAACGGUAAAGCUGCCCAUGGUAGCUUGUCCACCAAUGAAAGAUGACACCUUAGACCUGGUGGCGGAUGUGAAGGAAUUAACGAAAGGAAAGACUUUCCAUUUAGAAGGAUUCGAUCGAUACCCGGAUAUCUCAGAGACACCAACGGGCAUUCUCUCUGCUGAUACCGAGGCAGCCAUGUUCCUCAAGUCAUCAAUCCAUGUCAUGUUGACUGAAUGGUUUGAAAUGGAAUCAUCUACCUGUUUGGUCUUAGACAGAUCCGCGGAAGUAGUGGUGAUUAUGGAAUCUGGUGUUCCUUCCUUGAUAGAGAAGCUACAAUCGUAUGUACCUGAUUCAGGACCAUCGAUUGCUAUAGUUCUCUGCAGCGCAUACCCCCCUGCCGGAACAGCCACGGUUAUUGGAUCGCUCAGGGUCUUUUACGUCCCUCAACCUUACGGCCCUCACAAAGUUGCAAAGACUCUCCACCACGCGUUCACGCAGGCAUCAAUUCCCGCGCCCAUCCUAGAUCCAAACGGCACGUCUGAAGUCUCUUUACUUACAAUUGUACCAUCAUCAAUUCCCGAACCGAACACCCUUCCAACGGGGGCCGUAUUCCACACACCUGAAUACCACGGCUUCGCCGCACCCAAACCACCACUAAAACCGUCCCCUCCCGCUCAGAUUGAUCGUAGAACAUCAAUCGACACAUCCGUUAUGCAACCCAGCGGGAUGCGCAUUCUCCUCGUUGAAGACAAUGAGAUCAACCUGAAACUAUUGGUAGCGUACAUGCGCAAACUGAAGCUGAACCACGCAACGGCUAUUAACGGGCUCGAAGCACUAAACGUGUAUAAGGAAGCCAAAGGGGAAUUCGACGUCAUAUUUAUGGAUAUCUCAAUGCCGAUAAUGGACGGCAUAGAGUCGACGCGGCACAUCCGCCGUUUCGAGCGCGAAACGUCCAUCCAGCCGGUCGCGAUGAUUGCAUUGACAGGUGCGGCGAAUCCGAAUACGAGGCAGGAGGCGUUUAGCAGUGGGAUUGACUUGUUUUUGACGAAGCCGGUGCCGAUGAAGAAUUUGAAGGUUAUGCUUGAUGACUUGAAGGUUAAUGGACGGCAGGGGUUGAUGAUUUAGAUGCGGAAGGGAAUAUGAAUGAGAUGAAGCACGCUGAACCUCUCC